AUGGUCUCUGUUCCUUUCCAUGCAUUUGUGUUUUACGACCUACGAGACUGCCCCAAAAUUGUUCAGUAUCACGGAGGUGGUAAAGCACAGAUGCAUGAAAAAUUCAAUGUAGCAGCAAGUGAAGCAUCGGAGAACACAAGCCAGGAGAGCCAUUGCAACAGUUCAGACAAGAAGCAAGACAACCUGAACCAGACUGAACAGACAGCAGGACCACUGGGGUCCGGGGGGAUGCACAAGGGCUUUGGAUGCAGAAGUGGGACAGAAAGAAUUAUCCGAGAGAGAACCACUGUCGGGACACAGACAGAAAAUCAAGGGGAGGAGACGGUGGCUGUUGUAUUUGAAUUUCAGACACAGUUCAGAUGGCUUUGCUCCCUGAGAGCUUCUCUGCCCAGGGACGCCAGAAGACGACAGCUCAAAUUGGACGCUACCCAGACCGACGGACGCACACAGAACCUGCCGGGACCCGCCCUCCAGCCCGUGCCCGCCCAGGGAGCCCAGCCCGCUCUACCUCCCUCCCGGGAGGCGGGCAGGGCGAGGAAGCAGCGCGAGUGGCGGUGGCGACCCCCGCGAGGGCUCCAGCGACCAGUGGUGACCGGCAGCGCCCGAAGCCACGGUCCCGCUCUCCACUUGGACACGGCCAAGCAGCAGCGGCCACGACCUCCGGCUCCCCGGGAUCGUCCGGCUGCGCCCCGGGCACAUCUGCGCUCCUGGCCCCUCACCCUGAGGAGAGGGCGAUGGGUCCCAGUCGGGACUGAGCACCCCUUCCCGUCUCCCCAGCCCCGCCUAGCGCCCCCUCCUUUGCCCCGAGGGCAAGCCCAGGUCUGCGCCGCCACUUUCCCCUCCGGUGCCCCAGGCUCGCCGUCCUCCUGCGCCCUCGCUCCCCGGACCCGUUCAGGGGCCACCAUGGCCGCGGCCAUCGCCAGCGGCUUGAUCCGCCAGAAGCGGCAGGCGCGGGAGCAGCACUGGGACCGGCCCUCUGCCAGCAGGAGGCGGAGCAGCCCCAGCAAGAACCGCGGGCUCUGCAACGGCAACCUGGUGGAUAUCUUCUCCAAAGUGCGCAUCUUCGGCCUCAAGAAGCGCAGAUUGCGGCGCCAAGAUCCCCAGCUCAAGGGUAUAGUGACCAGGUUAUAUUGCAGGCAAGGCUACUACUUGCAAAUGCACCCCGAUGGAGCUCUCGAUGGAACCAAGGAUGACAGCACUAAUUCUACGCUCUUCAACCUCAUACCAGUGGGACUGCGUGUUGUUGCCAUCCAGGGUGUGAAAACAGGCUUGUAUAUAGCCAUGAAUGGAGAAGGUUACCUCUACCCAUCACAUAAGAAAGAUGGGGAAGAAAAGGACAGAAAAGAGACUGAUGAUACAGUGAAUACAUCCCUGGGCUUUAUUCAGAACACCUGGGUCCUGAAUCUGAAGUUUUACCGGUGUUAA